AUGGUGCUGCCGAGAGGUUCUGAUGAUGUCGGUGGACACGGCGAAAGCGGUCCCUGGCCAGGCGACAGCGGGUGCACUUCGGCGGAGGUCGGUACCUUGGGAACCGUAGGCGGGGCGAGGGGCUUGGGGCAAACCGGGGAGGUGCUCUCGAGGAAGAGCCGCCUACAGGUCUUCGGCAUCGAUUGCACGGGGCCAUUUGGUGAUGGCAUUGUUUUCAAAGGCGGAGAAUGGGCCCCGGGCGGCGAGUAUGUGCAACGACUUCGAGUCAAGAACGUCUCACCAAAGCUAAAGAAGCUCAAGUACCGCCUACCAACGACCAAGUACUUUUCGCUGGCCUAUCCCGAGGUUAUCACUCUCAGCCCGGGAACAAUGCAGGAAGUGGAUGUGGUUUUCCGGCCAGUGUCGAGCGAAGUCUACGAUGACGUCAUCCUCUUCAAGGUCCUAGACGGUCCAAACGCUGGAGGUUUCAACGUUCCUGUUAGAGCGCUCCUCCCGACCUUGCAGGUCGGCAUCCCCGUCGGGUUAGACUUCGGCUACUGCCAAGCGGACGACGUGUCCGAGCUCGUAUUUUUCGUGGAGAACACGGGAGAGGUGCCUGCGCCAUUCCAGUGGACGAUUCCCCCGCCGUUUACGAUGUCCCCAUCGGAAGGGGUCGUAGCUGUCGGCGAGUCAAAGGCCGUGACGUGUUCGAUCAAGCCCACCGAUGCCUCGGUUUUCGUGAGCCAGGCGGCGCUGAGGGUGGGGCAAGGGGUAAACGCCAUCAAGCCCAAGCCCAUAAUGGAUAUGAAGGUAUCCGCUGUCGGCAAGUACUGCUACGUCGUGCCUUCAGAAGACGAAAUAGAUUUCGGAGACCAGACUAUCGUCACAGUGGGGGGAGGAGCGGGGAGUGAUGCGCGCGGGGGAAGUCCACGGAAGGACUUCACCUUGAGAAACCAGAGCGUCGUACCAGCAGCAUUCUCCAUCCGUCGGCUGGAGGGGGAUCGCGAGGCCGUGUUUUCGGUGCACCCUUGCGACGGAGUAAUACCGCCGGAGGAUGAAGUAGUGGUGACGGCUACAUACUCGCCCGUCUCAGCGGGCAGUUUUUCUAGGGACCACUACGAGGUUGUCACCGUCGGGGGCAACAAGGUUGCGGUUGGGAUCCAAGGCCGGGCAGUCGGGUGUUCUGUUCGGUUGGAAAAGAAGGAAGACCCCUUCGCCAGGGGGUGCGGUGUUCCGGACUCGGUGAACUUCCGCGAAGUGAAAGUCGGUGUGACGACGACACGAGUGAUCAACCUCUACAACGAGUCUUCCACGCCAUGCCGCUACUGUUUCGUCAUUCAGGGACACAGCUCAAUCUUCCACUUCAGCCACACGCGGGGAAUCAUACCGUCCGCCGGAUCCGAGCACCCCGGAGAGGCCCAAGUGACCCUCACGUUUACACCCACCAAGCCAAUAAACUACUACAGGCGCGUGUUCUGUCUGCUGGAGAAUCAACAACCUUUGGUGCUCGACGCCAUGGGCACCGCGUACGUCGUGGCCAAGGGGGAGGUGCAGGAGCAGCGCCCGGCCCCUCUGAGACAUGCUCACGUCCAAGCCUUUCGAAACAGGGAGAACGUGGGACUCGGCAAUUUUUCGCCGGAGGCUCUGGACGAAAUGCUGAAAACCGAGGGAAUGAGCGAUCUCUUCGCGAACGUCGGUCCCCAGGGCACGCUUCCCUUCCAGCGGUGCAGCGUGCCGAGACCGCUGACUAGGAGCGGAGAGGCUACCCGAGUGCAAACAGCUAUCGCGGCUGAUUUCUUCAUUGACCCGACAGAUGCCUACAUGAACGGGGUGUGCCUCGACCGGUCCAACGUCGACUUCGGUUUUUCUUCUGCCGGAGGACAGGAGACAAUCACCCUGACCAACAACUCCGACACCGAGGUGCACGUGGUGUGGAACCUGAAGCCGCCGGGGGAAGGUGGAGGCGGCAAGGAAGCCGGGCCAGCGGGUCUUCAAGUGACACCGCCGGAGGCUCGCGUGCCUGAACGAGGGAGCCUGUCGUUCCGAGUAGAAGUGUUCCCAACCAAGGGCAACUGCUACUUUGCCGAGGAGGCCGAGGCGUUCGUGUCCCCCGCAAACCAAAUGACCUUCAGGACGGUGAAAGAUGCUACGCAGCAGCCGCCUUGGUGCCUACCCUUGCGCGUGUUGGGCCACACCUUCGUUGGGGAGCAGUUCUUGGCUAAGGCCUCUCUUUCGACGCAGCAUACGGGGCAGAAGCUGUGCUUCCCAGCGUGUCACGUCGGGGACACCGUUUACCAAACCAUCAGAUUGUCAAACCAAGGCAAUAUCCCCGCGUGCUUCAACUUUCAGCCUGACCCGAGUGGUGUCUUCGCCAUCAAGCCUUCCGUUGGUCUUGUCCCGGCCGGGGAUUUCCAGCUGUGCCUGGUGCGGUUCACGCCUCCCGGUCCAGGCGGCUGCCACCACCGCCUAGAAUGCGUCCUGAACAACGAUCCCGGAAGCACCGAACAAGCGGACCUGUUCGGCCAGGGGGCUUGGCCAGCCGUCGAGGUGACGUCUGGCGGGGGUGGGGAGGCGGGCAACGACGAGCAAGCGCGGUCGCUCGCUGCGGGAUCGGUGGGGGCGAGCAGCGGCAGCAGCACAAGGGUCCGGGAGCCUUUGGAUAGGGACGAGGGGUCAGUCGUUUAUAUGCGGCCCACCUGUGUGGGGAUCGUCUCAUCCAGGGUCGUCAAGGUCAAAAACGCAUCAAGAAUCCCCGCGAUCUUCAGGAUUGAUACCCCCAAGGGGUCCUCGGGAGUUGUACGGGUAUCCCCCAUGGCUGGUCUUCUUCUUGGCAACCAAACCAAGGCACUCCAGGUGGUCUUCGCUCCGAGAGAGACCAAGGGGUACCGAUUCAAGCUUCCCAUAAAGGUUCGAUCUAUCUUAGGAGAAACGCCGGUGCUUACCGACUGUAGGCAGCUGGGGGAGGCCAUGCCCGCCGAUUUCAAGCCUGGGGCGUCCGUGACGGUCCUGGGGAAAGGAGAACAGGGAGCUGUGACGUUUCACCCGGAAUCGUUGGCCUACAGCGUCAGGUUGGUGAACACCCCGGAGUCCAAGGCGCUUGUGUUGGAGAACUGCUCCGAGUGCGACGUCAACUACAAGCUGUUCUACAUCGCCAACAAAGAGCCACCCCUCCGCCAGUCCUCGAAAGGGUCAAGCAGUAGCCGUGGCAGUAGCAGUGGAGGGAGUGAUAUUGAAGGACGGGGGAACGGACCUGGUGGCGAGCUACGUCCCGUGCCGAAAGAGAACGGCGAGGCUAAGGGACAGGGAGGGCCCAACACGCACGCCUUCUUCGUCGACAGGCCUCAGGGAACUUUGCCUGCCAGAUCUCGCACGAGAACCAUUGCGACCUUUCGACCUGUGUCGGAAGGAGAAUACGACUUCGCCAUCCUCUGCCAGGUUUCUACCGUCGACAAGGCGGGGGAUGAUGAGCCGUCCCCUCUCGAGACCGACAUGGAAGAACAGGGUCGCAAGGCACGGGUGGCUGCGGCCAGGCUCGAGGAGGAAUCCUCUCCGGACACGUCACAGCUGCCACGCUUUGAUGUUCCCUUCAUCCCGUCUGUCAUCGGCAAAGGGCCGGUCACGAUCACCCUUCAGGUGUCCAACCCGGGGUUCCUCCCGACCUCUGUGACGGUAAAAUUGCCGAACGCUAAGCCGGUCGAAAUGGAAACCUGGGCCAACGAAGGGGAACCUACGGCAGAGGAGCUUCGGCAAAACGAGAUUAUCGACAGGCUGAAGGCGUUCUCCCUGACACCGGACCCGGGGACAGUAGUGGAGGUGUCGGCAGGAGAGGGGCGUCCGUUGGUAAUCUCCUACAGCGCCGACUCGCUUUCCUACGGCGGUGUACACGACCUUCCCGUUCUGGUGAGUAUCAAGGAAGGCCGUCACUUCUGGCUGGAUCUGAAGGGCACCACUGUCCCGCCACAGUCCCCCACGCUCUACGUGCCAACCGGCCUCCCGAGGAGUUACGUGCUCGAGCCGGUGGCGAUAGGCACUCCCCUCAGCGAGGCACCGCUGCAAACGACGGAGCUCCUCAACGUGGGCGAGACAGCGGUCUCGUACAAAGUGGACAGCAGUGGCAUCAAGCGGGCCAACAAUUCCCAGGGCCACGGCAUGCCUGUGUUCAGGCUGGAGGAGAAAACCGGAUCUAUUGCCGGAGGCCGCUCGGCUUUCCUUCGUUGGCGAUUCUUGCCUCUAGAAGCCAAGGAAUACGUUCUUAGGGUGACCGUACGCACCGUGGAACAACAGCAACACGACGAGCGGUUUGGCGAACGGUUCGGGGAAGGACCUGAGGAGCAGAUGCUUGAAAUCACUCUCAGGGGUGCUGGCUAUGACCCGAGGAUGCGUGACCCGCACAGCGAGAUCCUGCCAGCGGUAGACCUCGGCUUGGUGCACCCCGCACGCCAAUUAGAGGUUCCGUCAGGGCAGCCCUGUAUCUUGGGGGCGGAAAGGCUUCGCUUGGGACGGAUUCCGCAGGGGGCAAUUCUGUCCAGAAUCAUCUCCAUGAGGAACUGCCUGUUGAAGUCGGCGGUAGAAUUUUCUUGGGACCCUGAAGACACGGGCAUCGAAAACCCCCUGCUAACCGCUGGGGUGGUGUCCAUCCAACCCUCCAAAGGGAGAAUAGACGCGGCGCAGUCUGUGCUGUUUCAGGUUACCAUUUCCGCGGGGUGUGGGCCGAGAUUUCUGGGGCAGCGACCCGUGGCGUGUGUCGUGUGCCAGGAGCCACCAACUACGGCGAUUCGUUCCAGAAGGCCCAAGUCUCGGCUGGAGAGCCGCAUGGAGGAGGAAAGGCAGGCCCGUGCCCGGGCGCCCGAGCCUCGCGUGCCGGUGGUGUCCCGCCCGACCGCCGCGCGCUCUCAGCACAUGGCCGAGAUCGCCAAGACCCUGUCGACGAGGCACAGCCGCAGCGAUGACCACGGCCGAGUCCUGUGCCCGGCGUACCCGACGUCCACCGUGGACGCCCCGGUGCCCAGGGUGCUGGCUGAGGCGCUCGAACAGGGUACCGGCAACGGUCCGGGCAUGGGAGGAGAGCUGCCACGCGAUGGUGGCUAUGGCGGGGAAGAGGGGGACGAAGAAGGGAAGGUGGACGGACGGAGGGACGGUGGCAGCGUUGCGAGAACUCAACCCGGGGGGACCGGCAAAGGCAUCAACAACACCUCCGGAGGAGUUACGUCAACUACCGGAUUGCAACCAGGCCCAGGAGGGAGAGGCAUUACUGCUUCCGGUCAGACUAACCACGCGCCAGGCCCCGCGCUUAGCCUCGCAAAUAGCGCCGGAGGGGGAACGGACCGCUUCAGCAGUCAUGGGGGGGGCAGGCCGGGGACCAGCGGGGGAGGCGCCGUUCUCCUUCGACUGGACGUGGAGGGAGAGGUAGUAUGCAUGGAGACGUUCCACGCGCUCUACGGCGAACGAGGAGAAAUCAACCAGGACGACUCUGGGAGAUCGGACCCUCGCGCUGCAGUAACAUCAGCGAGAACAUCAACAUCUUCGGGGCAGGGGGGGGGCGGUGUCGGGAACCCUAUCAGCGACAUCAGCAGCGGCACAAACAUCAAUGGUGGGAGGGUGGACGCUUUCGUCGUACCCGGGCCAUCUAGAUAUGUGCCGGAUUGGGCGGCGUUUGGGGCAGGUCACAAGGAAGGCGGGAAAGUCAAGAUCUGGGGGUCUUUGGCAAGAACGGAAAAGGGCGGGAACGAUAAGACGGCAUUGCUGAAACGAGCUUCCGAGGACCCCUUGGUCGGCAGCGUAGCUUCUCGGAUAUUGGAGCGCCUGAUGAGGGAUGUCGUGGCUUCGAACGGGACCCGGGAAUGCCUGAAAAGCCUGCCGGCCCGCCCGAGGGUGCCGACGUUCACGGAGAUACGGAGCGCGCCAUCCCUGCCCGACCGUGUCGCCGCAGCCCUAGCCCCGCACCUGCGAUCUUCCUCCUCCGCUUCUGGGACGGCAAGAGCUACCCGGCGGCCGCUGCUGACCCCGGCAGCAGCCGCCGUCAGCAGCGCACCUGCAGCGAGUGUAGACCGUGACGCCGCUUCCACUGCUCCUCGUAGGACUGAAGACGGCAGUGGCCACGACGACACCCCCGCUGGCGCGGGUGUCAGGGUGAACUCCAACACGCCCCUCACCAAGGAAGAACUGCUCGCGGCACUGCGGGCCGUCGGGGUCGGCGUGAAGGCGCCGCCGGCGCGGAAGAAGGGGGCAAAAGUUGUGGGCCACUCCAGAAAGAAGGAGCCGCUUGCGGGGUUCCUCGUCGCAAUUGAGGCUUCCUCGGGCCCUGUGGUGACUCUCCAGGGCCUCCUGGCUGCGGUUGAUAGUGCCGCGGUCGGCCGUAUCGAGACCUGGCUAGAUCAGAGAGAGAGCCUUGAGGCCGAGGUUCGAAAACCUUUACCCGAAAUCUCUCAUGUCGCUGCGGAAACCAAGAAUACAAACUCCCUUGAUGAGAAAAUGGAGGAGGGGAAAGCGAAAGAGAGAGAUCAUUCCCCUCUGCCCACAAAGACAGCCGGCAACGCGAUGGACAAUAGUCACACUCACGAGAGCAAGAUGGCAACAACAAUCCAGGCACAGGCUCGGCGGCUACAGGCAGUGCAAGCGACGGAAGAGAAGGCGAGACAACGACUUCUGGGCCUUGCUGACACAGCUGCCCAGGACCACGACACUCAACAGAUAGUGGCGGCCGCGCUGGAAGGGACGUUCUUCAACCUCAUGCAGGCAAGUUUGGCUUGGUAA